AUGGCAUCAGCGAAUUCCUUGGGCUUUCUCCUGCCCAUUGGCGUAGGCGCCGCGGGCGCCGCGGGCUUGUCUCUGCUGCACAUCGACCUGAAAGCGGCACUGACGAACUUCGUCACCGGCCCCGGGCGCACAAGUCGCAUCCUGCUCACGAUAUUCGUCAUCACGAACUGGAAGAGCAUGCCCUUCGCAUGGACCUACCGAGUCUGGGCGGCGAUCAUCAGGAACUACAUACCCUUCCUGCGUCCCGCCGUAGUGAAGCCGCAGAUGCUCUUCCACUACGCCAUCACGUCCACGUACAAUUCCAUUCUCGAGACCGACUACAACCUCCACAAGUCCAACAGCACGUAUUUCAUGGACCUCGAUAUCUCGCGGUCCCAAUUGGUCACGUACCUCCUCGCCGACGGCCUCAAGGCCAUCUCCGCCAACGCCAAGACAAAGGCCGCCGUGACGCCGGACGGGGCGGUCGCGAAGGGCGGCAUGGGCAUCGGGCUGGGCGGGGUGUUCUGCUCCUUCAAGAAGGAGGUCGCGCUGUUCCAGGGCUACGAGACGUGGACGAGGGUCCUGUCCUGGGACCGCAAGUGGCUGUACCUCGUGACGCACUUCGUGGUCAAGGGCAAGGUGAAGCCGACGGCGUGGGACAACGGGCCCAAGUCGUGGUUCGGGCCGCUGCGCCCGAGGCAGACCGCCACCGCUGCGGCGGCGGAGGGCGAGACGCAGGACUUUGAGAAGUAUGUCAUUGCGACUGCGGUCAGCAAGUAUGUGUUCAAGGUCGGCCGCUUCACCGUCAACCCGAGCAUUAUGAUGGAGCAAAGCGGCCUGUUGCCUGAAAGGCCUGGCGGAUGGAGGAGCGGAGCGAACGAGGUCGGCGACGAGACUCAGGAAUUAGGUGAUAUCGAUUUCAGCGCGGAUGCUGACUGGGAUUGGAAGAGGGUGGAGGGCCAGAGACGUGAGGGCAUGAAGUUUGCCGAGAAGUUUGCGGCGCUGGAUGGCACACAUGGGUUGUUUGAUGGUGGAGAGGAUGGUGCAUUGGGACGGUUCUAUCCUGGAUAA